AUAGGGCACAAGAUGCAAAUACUAUUCAACUGAACACUUUCGAGGAAAAUUCAUUUACAAAUGUUUCUUCGCAGUCUAAGCCUCUAACUGAAAUGAAUAAGCAAUUAUUCAUCAAUCAUGAUUCGAGUGCCAAUUCUCUUUCACAAUAUUUUCAAAAUUUGCUUGAAACAAAGAUACAAACUUCUUCCGAAUGUAAUUUGUUAGAUCUUGCUCACUCUCAAGAUAACCAAGCUUUUUACAAUAAUAAAGCUUCAUUACAAUUUGAGAGUUUGUUUAAAGAUUCAGAAUUAGAACUAGGUUCUAUUUAUGUAUUUCAAAAUUUUAAUAGCAGUCUCCAGAGAUUGCAGGAAUCAGAAAUCUGA